AUGCUGGAUCCGUUCUGCUUUCUCAAGAUGUACUUAAACGAGAGGGUCGAGAUAAAAACAAAGACCGGCGAUGUCUAUACAGGCACUCUGGAGGGGUUUGACGAGCACAUCAACCUGAUGCUGCAAAGCCACGAUGUCCAGAACUCUGCAGGCCGCGUCCUGUUUCUGAGGGGCGAGAACAUUCUCUUUGUCGCCAUGUCCCCGACCCUCUGA